UCGACAUUGGUAGGAUUAUAGUAUGACGCAAAUGCGAGCGAGGUGAUCGCAUGAAACUUGCGAAGAGAAAGCUAUAAAUUAUUUAAUUGAUAUUACUUAUCGCUUUGGGAAUAAUUGUCGACGUCGUAGCGAGUACACGUGCCGAUGUCAUUAUCAUUUGUUUAUUGUUCAGUGACACCAAGACUCUGAUAUAUUAACAACAAUAUUAUUGAUUGUUUUGUGUGAAAAACUACGUUUCCUGCAACGAUAACAAUGCAUUUACAGACUUUACUAAUUGUUUUUGUUUUAUCUUUUGCGUGUGGGCAAGACAGACGGAUAAUACCAAAAUUGAAUCCUGGUUGUGACAACUGUGGAAAAUCAACAACCCUCCUUUAUAUCAGAGCAGAUGGCAGCCAGGAUACUGUCCACCAGCUAUGGGACUUUACGCGAGGAAUGCCCACCAUCAUCUAUGUCAUUUCAAAGCUCAAUACAUCACUGACGAUAAACUGGAGAUUCAAUGAGCCAAUGGAAUUUAAACUCUCAGAGAAACCUCUGUACAGCUUUGCUGUUUCUAUUGAUAAGCUAACUGAAUAUAAUGACAUCGAAAACAACGGGUACAUAGACAACAGAUGCCCACAGAGGGCGCUGUCAUUGCGCGACUUGGAGUGGACGCGUGGCAACACUGUGUUGGACAACACGGAGGCAAUGGUGCAUAUGCGCGGGAAAUUCGGGGAAGAUAAUCAACAUGGCGUUAUUGAUAUGAGGCUCGACCUCCUGCCAUUCAAGGAUUAUGCAGUAGACCUGCCACAUCUGAUCCACACAGCUAACUCCACUCUGGUAGACGUCAGCCUAGUAAACCUGACGUCAUCGCCUGAUUACAACGCGUCCCGGUUUGCCCUGCAUUUCACUAUAGUGAGCACGGACGCGAAUAACGAGAACAUGAGCUAUAGUAUGAGGAAGAGCUUGGAUGAUGAACAUACUCCCGGCGUUUUUGAGAUAUUUGAGAUCAGGACCCCUAAGUCGAGCCGGUCGGAUGACGGCGGCUUCAUACAGUUCCGCCCCGUCAGCUACACGGAGCAGGAACGCAGCGUCUCGUCCUCUACCAACGCUUACAUAUCUAACUUUACCUGGACAACAAUACCCAAAACGAGUACGUUGCGCAUGUUCUACGAGGAGUUCGACACAGCCAACCUGUUGGUGCAGGACAUGUUCAUCUCCUUCGGGUUGCCCGGCGACGGCUACUACAGGCAACAUAACUACACUUCUUGGUCCUUCACGAUAGGCUACGGGAUCCCACCAGUAGAAAGCUUCUCCCUAUUUGUGAUCAUCAUCAUAUCCAUCGGACUUGGAGUGCCCAUCCUCCUAGCACUGUCAGGCAUCACGUUCGUCAUAGUAAGAAGGUGUAAGCAGAGAAACCCACCAACAAGGUUUACUGAUGAUGAAUAAGGUAAAAUGAGAGAUAAAUAACCGUUUUCACCAACCAACCAUAAACAAUCUCUUAACUAAGAGUUACUUAGCGUGAGGGAGCACCUAAUGUGACCGUUUACCUGUACUGUUAGGUGUCACUUAUUAGUUGGUGAUAAUCAAAAUGUCGUUGAAGUGUCAUCUAUCUUAGCUUAGGAGUUCCUUAAAAUUGAAGAGGGGUUGGUGGAAACGGGCUGAAGUCAAUUUGGUAAUAGUAUGGUUGGUUACAAAAGUUGAGAAAUUGACGUUUUAUAUAUUUUUUUUUACCUAUUUGUUUAAACUAUCCUCAAUCGUUAAGUUUUUAUAAUAACUAUCGUGAGACAUACUAAAUUAACUAAAAAUCGCGGGCUACUCACGUGAAAAUACUG